AUGACACUUUUAAAAUCAAAUCAAUUUUUAAUAAAAUACACAAUCUUAAGAAUGAUGAAAGUAGGAGUUAAAUCCAAUAUUUCACAAAUAGAAUUAAAAUCAUUAAGAUGGAUAAUAAAACAAUAUGGAUUAAAUUGGAACUUAAAUGGUGAAACCUGUAGCAGUAUAUUGCCAAUAGAUAGUAGUUUUGGUACAUUAACAUCCAAUAGUAGUACUUGGCGUGUAAAGAAUAAUUCUUACAAUCUCUUCACUAUGUUGGAUCAGCCCGAAAACAAAAAACUUCAAUCUUUAGAGAUACAUUACUAUCCAAUUAACAUACCAACCAAUUUUCCUAUUUAUUUACAAACAUUUGAUACGUUAUAUCUUAACAAUAAUACUGUAACAUCCAAUAUAUCGAGAGCAUUGUUAGAAUCAUGUGUUAGAGUUAAUUUUACCAAUAUCAAUAUGAAAUCUGAUUUGAAAAUAGAAUUUUCAACCAAUUAUGUUUAUCAAAAUCUUGUAUUUAUUAAUUUCGAUUUCCCAAUGAGUUAUUUAUUACAAAUGAAUAGUUUCAUUUUUAAUAAUAAAAACUUUCCAAGUUUAAGAAUAAUUGAAUUUGGAGAUAAUCAACGACAAUAUGAUAUUUCCUUUACAAUAGAUUCUGUUCAAAAAAUAUCAUUAUUUAAUGCAAAUGUAAACAUUGUAUCUUUACCAAUUCUAGAAACAUUACUUUUAACAAAUUCUACAUUAAAUACACCUGAUUUAUCAAUUUUCCCAACAUUAAGAACUGUAAUUUUGAGAAAAUGUAAUUAUACAUUGAUGAAAGUAUCAAAUUUAAUAUUAUUGCAAAUGGAUGAUACCAAUUUAGGUAGUAUACCACAAGUUUCUUGGUUUAGCUAUGGUGCGUCAGCAUUCUUUACGAAUACCAAUGUAAAGGGUGAAUUGGGUGAUCUUGGUGGCGCAGACCUUCGAGAACUUUCAUUUAUUGGAUCUCAAGAGUUGUCAACACGUCUCUAUGAUUCUUACUGUGAGACUUAUUUCCUACUAAAGAAUAUCAAGUUGAUCGACAACUAUGUACCUUCAUGUAUCUAUUGUUAUUGGUCAAUCAUGAGUUACUAUCUACCCGACGAUACAAUUCCACCUUCUCCCGAUUACAAAUGUAACAUCACUGUUGAUAAGAAUAUAUUUUAUGUUGAUAAGAUAAAUGAAUCAAUUGUAAUUAGUGGAAAUAAUCUUGGCUUUGGAAUGAAGAAUGAUAUCUCAUCUAAUAUCUAUCCAAUAACACCAAAUCAAAAGUUUAAUUUUGUUGCUAAUCCAAUUGAAGGUAAAGCAACAUUAAUGCUAUCAAAGACUUUGAAAUAUUCAGUUGAUAUUGUUUGGGGACAGCCUCCUCAAGCAAAUUCAGCAAUGAUACAAAAUAUUGAUAGAUAUUCAAAAAUAAAUAUAUAUGGAAGAUUCAACAUGUAUUCAACUUUUACAAUCAUGGUUGGAAAUCAAACAUGUAAUAAUAUAAAAGUGGAAUCUACAAUGAUUACCUGUACAAUCUAUAGAAUUCUAUUGGAGACUGCAUAUAGUAUAACAAUUGAUGAUACUUUGUCAAGGAGAAAUGUUGUUGGUUUGUUGGAGACCUCUACACCUGUUCCGCUGAAAUGUGGAGCCAAUGCAAAGUGUAAUGGAAAUGGCGAGUGCAUAACUGGAAUAUGUCAUUGUGACGAUGGCUACGGUGGAUACUAUUGUGAAUCAAAGAUCAAAUCGGAUAUAGUAAUCACACCGAAUACAACUGCACCAUCACCCACCAUCUUGGUCGAUAACAAACUGCGCUUCACUUUCAAUAUUAUCUGUCUUCAAGAGAUAGAUCAAACCGAUUCUAUUGUCAACGAGAUAUUCACGAGGAGUUGGAAUUAUACCUUCUACAUCAACGAUACACUCACUACCUAUAACUAUUUAAUCAAUACUUCAACUAGCUCCUCUAUCAAUGCGGUGAUUGAACACUCUACAAUUCAGAGAACAAUUGAAUUCGGUGGAUAUAAUACUAUCUACUCUGCUGGUUCACUUAAACUAUUGAUUAAAGUCGGUAAUUGGAGAUACAAAGAUCGGUUGAAUCAUCUUAGAAUCAUCAUGGUGACGAAACUCGAGAAUCUAGAAGAGCAUUGCUAUCCCAAUACCAUAGUAGAUCAACAAUCGGACUCCAGUAAUAUCAACUUUAUCAAGGCGACAAUGAACGAUCGUUCGUUCUACGGUAGAUUCUUACCGUAUGCAAUGAUAGACAAUGGAAUAGUUGUCAAUAUCAACAAUCAGAUAAUCAAUUCAUCGGAGAGCAACGGUGAAUCUUACAUUGGAAUAUCGAUACCGUAUUGCGAGGAGUGUAUAAUCGACCCUGAUUUCUCAGUGUUGGUAAACACCGAUUCAUCAAUCAACGGCCAUUGCCUGGCAAAGAGCAAAGCAUGGUUGAUUGCCACCAUUGUUUGUGUAGGAGGUGCAGUUGCCAUUGCAUUCAUUAUCGGACUGAUAUUCUAUAUCAAGAGAAAACAGAAAUUCAAAAAAGAAAAUGAAAAGCUACAAAACAGAUUAAGUAGAAUGAAUGAAAAUCAUUGA